AGCUCGCUCGGCCACCCGACUCGCAGUAGGCUCAGCAUUCACUCUAGCAAGCGGUGUGUACAGCCGGCUCCCUGGGCUCUCGGAGCCCCGCUUGCUCCAAGCGCACUCCAGCAGUCUGUUUCUGCUUUCGGCCAGCUCGACGGCGACAUGGGUGUCCCCACGGUCCCAGAGGCCAGCAGCCCGCGCUGGGGAACCCUGCUCCUCGCUAUUUUCCUGGCUGCAUCCAGAGGUCUGGCAGCAGCCAUCAAGGUCGCCACUCCAUAUUCUCUCUAUGUGUGUCCCGAGGGGCAGAAUGCCACCCUCACCUGCAGGAUUCUGGGCUCUGUGCCCAAAGGGCACGAUGUGAGCUUCUACAAGACGUGGUACCUCAGCUCACGUGGCGAGGUUCAGGUGUGCAAAGAACACAGGCCCAUACGCAACUUAACGUCGCAGCACCUUCAUCAGCACCACGGAAGCCACCCAGCAGCCAACGCCAGCCAUGACCAGGCCCAGAUGCAUGGGCUGGAGCUAGCUUCUGACCACCAUGGUAACUUCUCUAUCACCCUGCACAAUGUGACCCUAAGGGACAGCGGCCUCUACUGCUGUCUGGUGAUAGAAGUCAAACACCACCACCCAGAACAACGGUUCUAUGGGUACAUGGAACUGCAGGUACAGACAGGCAAAGGCUCGGCAUCUACAUGCACAGCGUACCAGUCUAAUGAACAGGACAGUGACAGCAUCACGGCUGCGGCCCUGGCCACGGGCGCCUGCAUUGUGGGAAUCCUCUGCCUCCCCCUUAUCCUGCUGCUGGUCUAUAAGCAGAGGCAGGUGGCCUCUCACCGCCGUGCCCAGGAGUUGGUGAGGAUGGACAGCAGCAACACCCAAGGACUUGAAAACCCAGGCUAUGAGAACACUCCACCCUUCCAGGGGAUGCCUGAGGCCAAGAUCAGGCCUCCACUGUCCUACGUGGCCCAACGGCAACCUUCCGAGUCCGGGCGUUAUCUGCUCUCUGACCCCAGCACACCUCUGUCACCUCCAGGCCCUGGAGAUGUCUUUUUCCCAUCCCUGGAUCCAGUCCCUGACUCCCCUAACUCGGAUGCCAUCUAAGCCAGCUGGGGGAACCAUGGACCAUGGUACCCGGGUCAGGGACAGGUGCCCUUGAUCUAUGGCUGGCCCUUGGACAGACUUUUAGGCACUGACUCCAGCUUCUUCCUUGCUCCUGCUCUGAGCCUAGACUCUGCUUUUACAAGAUGCACAGACCCUCCCCUAUCACUUCCAGAUGCUACUUGGGGCCGGGGCAGGGAGAAGAUGCUGGAUGGCUCAUUGCUGUUCUCAAGAUCUUGGGAUGCUGAGUUCUCCCGGGAGACUUGACUUCGCCAGCCACAGUUGUCAAAUGACCUGCAUCCUACGAAUGUCCAGCCUUUCUUUAUAGAAACCAGCAGCCUGGAGGGGAUGAGGUAGGCACCUUGCCACCCUCCCAGGUGACAGACACAAGAUGCGAGAGACUCCUGCCCACUGUGGGGGUGUGGCUGGUCUGCUCAUUUGCCUUGAGGAUGCUCCUCUGUCGGCCUGACUCUAUCCCCUGGAUUCUGAAGCUUGGCCGGCCUAUGUCUCACUAGAGAAGCGUCUCAGCAGCCUUCCACCAGCAAGCUGAGGGUCCGUCAACAGUUUGGUGACUCUGGGUUCUCAUCGCUUGUAUGGCUGCCCACAGGGCUCAGUGGCCAGAGGCUUUGAAACAGGAAGUACAUGUCAGGUUCAGGAACCACUGUGAGCUCGUCAAUGUCUUGAGCAAUGUGAAGCCUGGACCAGCGGGCGCAGAGAGGGUGGUGAGGGGAUGAUGGGGACAGUGAGAGGAGACAUACCUCCUUCCAGACCUCGUCAUCCACCACUCCCACUGUUCAGUGUGGAGCAAUGGCAAAGGUGACUAACCUCCACAAUGUCCUAAUGAUGCUGGGCCACUUCAAGUGUGAAAGAGAUGCUAUUAAAAACAGUGUGUGGCAAUGGCUGUGAACAGA